GCCAAUCAGCGCGGAGGAAAAUCAGCUAAUCGGAUAACGAGAGCGCGGUUGGAGUGAAGUCGGGGAGCGGCGGCGCAGCAGCGGCAGCAUCAGCAUCAGCAUUGGCCAGCCGUCCGGAGUGUGAGACGGAUCUCUGCGGACCGGGAUCGCUUCUUCUUGCCAUUUUCGCGCAGCAAAGGCAGCUGUCUACUGAACGGUCAUGUCCGCCAAAGCCAUCUCGGAGCAGACGGGGAAGGAGUUCCUCUACAAGUACAUCUGCACCUCGGCCGCCGUCCAGAACCGCUUCAAGUAUGCCAGUGUGACGGCCGACACAGACUGGGUCCGGCUCGCCCAAGAGCACCCAUGGCUGCUGACUGAGCGACUGGUGAUAAAGCCUGAUCAGCUGAUCAAGAGGCGGGGAAAGCUGGGACUGGUGGGCGUCAACCUGGACCUGAAAGGCGUACAGGAUUGGCUGAGACCCCGGCUUAUGAAGGAAACCACGGUGGCAAAGGCAAAGGGGAUCCUGAAGAACUUCCUCAUCGAGCCCUUCGUGGCCCAUAAGCAGGAGGAGGAAUUCUACAUCUGCAUCUAUGCCGCCCGCGAGGGUGACUACGUGCUCUUCCACCACGAGGGCGGCGUGGACGUCGGCGACGUCGACGCCAAGGCCCAGAAGCUUCUGCUGGGCGUGGACAAGAAGCUGACUGAGGACGCAGUCAAGGGAAGGCUUCUGACGCACGUUCCCGCGGACAAGAGAGCGGUCCUGGCUAGUUUUGUGGUGGGGCUCUUCAACCUCUACGAGGAGCUGUUCUUUACCUACCUGGAGAUUAACCCACUGGUGGUCACCAAGGAUGGUGUCUUUGUGCUGGACAUGGCGGCGAAGAUCGAUGCCACCGCCGACUACAUCUGCAAGGCGAAAUGGGGCGACAUAGAGUUCCCCCCCCCGUUUGGGAGGGAGGCGUACCCCGAGGAGGCCUACAUUGCCGACCUGGAUGCCAAAAGUGGUGCCAGUUUGAAGCUCACCCUGCUCAACCCCCGGGGGAGGAUCUGGACCAUGGUAGCAGGAGGGGGAGCGUCCGUAGUCUACAGUGACACCAUCUGCGAUCUGGGUGGGGUCGACGAGCUGGCCAAUUACGGGGAGUACUCGGGCGCACCCAGCGAGCAGCAGACGUACGACUACGCCAAGACCAUCCUCUCCCUGAUGACGCGAGAGAAGCACCGUGAUGGGAAAGUGCUGAUUAUUGGGGGAAGCAUCGCCAACUUCACUAAUGUGGCAGCUACAUUCAAGGGCAUCGUGAGAGCCAUUAAGGACUACCAGGUGCCCUUGCAGGAGCAUGAAGUCUCCAUCUUUGUGCGUCGCGGUGGACCCAACUACCAGGAGGGUCUCAGGGUGAUGGGGGAAGUAGGGAAAACCACUGGGAUCCCCAUCCACGUCUUCGGCACCGAGACCCACAUGACGGCCAUCGUGGGCAUGGCCCUGGGUCACCGGCCGAUCCCCAACCAGCCGCCAGCAGCCGCCCACACCGCCAACUUCCUGCUGAACACCAGUGCCAGUGUUUCGACCCCAGGGACCAGCAGAACGGCCUCCUUCUCUGAGCCCAAAGCUGCCAGCAGCGCCUCGCCUGCAAAAAAGUCCAAGCCUUCUGUCCCUCCAGUGAAGGCCACCACGCUCUUCAGCAAGGAGACCAAGGCCAUCGUGUGGGGCAUGCAGACACGGGCGGUGCAGGGGAUGCUGGACUUUGACUACGUCUGCUCCAGGGAGGAGCCCUCUGUGGCCGCGAUGGUCUACCCCUUCACUGGAGACCACAAGCAGAAGUUUUACUGGGGACACAAGGAGAUCCUGCUGCCAGUGUACAAGAACAUGGGCGAUGCCAUGAAGAAGCACCCUGAGGUGGAUGUGCUCAUCAGCUUCGCCUCUCUUCGCUCCGCCUUUGAGAGUACCAUGGAGACCAUGCAGUACCACCAGAUCCGCACCAUCGCCAUCAUUGCUGAGGGCAUCCCCGAAGCCCACACAAGAAGGUUGAUUAAGAGGGCGGAUGAGAAGGGCGUUACCAUCAUUGGCCCAGCCACGGUGGGUGGGAUCAAGCCCGGCUGCUUCAAGAUUGGCAACACGGGCGGUAUGCUGGACAACAUCCUGGCCUCAAAGUUGUACCGGCCCGGCAGUGUGGCCUACGUCUCCCGCUCGGGGGGGAUGUCCAACGAGCUCAACAACAUCGUCUCCCGCAACACUGACGGCGUGUUCGAGGGGGUGGCCAUUGGGGGCGAUAGAUACCCUGGGUCUACCUUCAUGGACCAUGUAUUGCGAUACCAAGACACCCCUGAAGUCAAGAUGAUUGUGGUGCUAGGGGAGAUCGGCGGUACGGAGGAGUACAAGAUCGGUCAGGGCAUCAAGUCCGGCAGGAUCACCAAACCCGUGGUGUGCUGGUGCAUUGGAACCUGCGCUACCAUGUUCUCCUCCGAGGUGCAGUUUGGCCACGCCGGGGCUUGCGCCAACCAGGCCUCGGAGACGGCGGUCGCCAAAAACCAGGCCCUCAUGGAGGCAGGCGCCUUCGUGCCAAGAAGCUUCGACGAGCUCGGCGACAUCAUCAAAAAGGUCUACGAUGACCUUGUAGCCAGCCGAGUCAUCAUUCCUGCUAUGGAAGUUCCACCUCCAACGGUGCCAAUGGACUACUCAUGGGCACGGGAACUUGGACUGAUCCGCAAGCCCGCGUCUUUCAUGACUAGCAUCUGUGACGAGCGCGGCCAGGAGCUCCUCUAUGCCGGCAUGCCCAUAACCGAGGUCUUCAAGGAGGAGAUGGGUCUGGGGGGAGUGCUUGGCCUACUGUGGUUUCAGAGGAGGCUGCCUCGCUACGCCUGCCAUUUCAUCGAGAUGUGUCUCAUGGUGACAGCGGACCACGGCCCGGCCGUCUCCGGUGCCCACAACACCAUCAUCUGCGCCCGCGCGGGCAAGGACCUCAUCUCUAGCCUGACAUCCGGGCUACUGACCAUUGGGGACCGGUUUGGGGGGGCUCUGGACGCCGCCGCCAAGGAGUUCAGCAAGGCCUUCGACAGUGGCCUGCUGCCCAUGGAGUUCGUCAACAAGAUGAAGAAGGAGGGCAGACUGAUCAUGGGCAUUGGGCACAGGGUCAAGUCGAUUAACAACCCAGACAUGAGAGUUCAGAUCCUGAAGGACUUUGUGAAGCAGCACUUCCCAGCCACUCAGCUGCUGGACUACGCCCUGGACGUGGAGAAGAUCACGACCUCGAAGAAACCGAACCUCAUCCUGAACGUGGACGGCUUCAUCGGGGUGGCCUUUGUGGACCUGCUGCGGACAUGUGGUGGAUUCACUCGGGACGAGGCUGACGAGUUCGUGGAAAUCGGGGCUCUGAACGGAAUCUUUGUCCUGGGUAGGAGCAUGGGCUUCAUAGGGCACUAUUUGGACCAGAAGAGGCUGAAACAGGGCCUGUACCGCCACCCUUGGGACGACAUCUCCUACGUGCUUCCGGAACAUAUGUCCAUGUAACCAUAGCAACUCCAAAGCCAAACAUUCCAGAAUAUCACCUUCUGUGCUAUACUUUGGGACCGGGGGGGGGGGGAGAGGAGUUAGGGUGUGGAUGAGAUUUUUUGAGAAAAGGGCAGCUGAGAGUGAAAUAUCGUGAAGGCAAAUGUCGGAACUUAGGAGUUGUUAUGAUGUGAAUGUUACGGUAACGGAACAAUGAAGACCCAUGUGGAUCACAAUUAGUCAAACGAAAAGACUGUAGCUAAUUAACAGACAGUGACCAAUCAGUGACUCACCACUAAACACUGUGACUAUAAGCUCAUAGCCGGGGGAUAUCAGAAGGGAGAAACGUACAUCUAGCUGACCAAACUAAGUCAGUAGACACCUUAAUUGGGUCCCUUUUCCAUUUGUGUGCAUGACUGAAGUAAAAUCUGUAUUGUGACCAAGUCCUAUGUCUCUCAAAUUAACAGACUAUCAUCACGCAGAUAGAUGUGCAGCGAUGUUCGUCUCAUUUACCUUGUUCCUUACCACCAAAACUCUGCGUCGCUACGGAUACGCACAACCAGCUAACUGCAGUUUGGAAAAUCGCUCUAUCUAAAAUAGAAAAUGCUUAAGCGUAAUUAGUAAACACCACUCGAAUAAAAAAUACUAUUAACAAAAACAUUAACUUUGUCUUGUGGUUUUGAGAUGACAUGUCGAUCAGUUCAAAGCUGGGUCCAUUAAACCAAACUGUGGACUUUGGCCUGUCAUUGCAGAGGAAAAAAAAAGGUGUUUCCUGUUUCUCUUUUCAUGGCUUCCUGUAGUCUGCUAUCUUUAUCUGUGUGACUGUGUCCUGGAUGACCGGUUCUGAGACUGAGCCUUGUCUGUAUUCACUGUUGUAACCCAUUUGCUACACUUUUAAAGGAUUUAUUUUAUCUGAAACAGAUGUCUUAAUGUAUAAUUAGUAUAAUAUGAUAAAUAUUAUAUUGUAGCCAAUAAAAAUAAAUGUAAAUAUCACAAUUCA